AAGGAAUCUGGCAGCUUUCAAGGACAGGAAGGCUGCUCAAGGCAACACUAGGUUGGAGUUUAGAGGCUCUCCUUAGCGGACGCAGGAUCCUUGCCGGGGGGCGAUGGGGUGGACGGAUUGGAAGUGUUCUGUCUGCGGCAAUCGAGGGCACAGGAAAAGCGCGAACCCAAACAAAUGCUCCAGAGGAGUUGACAGGAUGCUUGACUGGGGUUCGACUAUGACAUGUUGUGUCUGCCGCAGCCUUGAAAACAGCUUUGUGGAGAAGUGCCCACAAUGUGCCGACCGAUGGGCCAAACUGGAAAGAGAAAAGCAGGAGAGAAUGAACACUGUAUAUGGGCAGACGUAUCAGAACAUCUAGGGACACCACAGUGCCGGGCCCCAGGACACCAUCGUACGGGCAGGUACGGGGUGACGGCGGCGCCAGGCCAGAAGGAGAUCCAGGAGCCGACUUGUCAUGAGGGUGGCUGAGAUCCGAUGUCCAGUGCCCUCGCGUGAGGAAGAUCAGGCGAUGUGAACAAGUCAAUCCGAUAAGUGUCUAUCGACCCACGUUUUUUUAGCGAGAUGAUGAAAGUGAGUCACUAUCCG